AUGCUUCAGAAGAAAGAGUUAAACCACACUCUGUUUGCUCGCACAUUGAUUCGAGCCCUUCACACUUUCAAAGUUGUCAAAAAGUUUGCGGAAGGAGUCCCCUGGAGCAAGGUGAUCCAAAAGGUGGCGAAUGCUGAGAGAGGAACGCGAAUAUUCCCAAGCCAGACGCCUAAGAACGAUGAGAAAUACAAUCUGCGAUUUGAUAAGGGAUCUGUGGUUGGCGGGAAGCAUGAGUUGAUCCUUCAGGCCAACAAAAAUGCUGAGAACGCCGGCGUCAAAGCCGCUGCAGCCGCGGACAGCCAUAAAAUAUGGGCUAAAAUUCUUGUCGAUCCCGAGAAUGUUGAUGAAAAGAAGGCAGAGGCGGACUUGAUCGAGUCAUUCAAGGAAACCGACUAA